CAGCGCUCCUGGAGCUUUCUCUUCAGCACCCCAACCCUGUGGAAUCUUUUAAUUCCCAAGUUGCAGAACGAACAUGGAAGAAUGUAAUUCAUCUCUGGUGGUAGAAUCGUCUUACCCAGACUUGGUCAUCAAUGUAGGAGGAGUGAAUCUUGGAGAUGGAAACCGAAAGAUGCUGCAGGAAACACAGCGAGAACAAGAGAAGGCAAGAGUUACGCAGGCUGUGUGUGCUUUAUUAAACUCAGGAGGAGGAGUGAUUCGGAUGGAAAUGGCAAACAAGGAUGAAUGUCUUGUGGAGCUGGGACAAGAUUUAGAACAGUCUUUGAGAGACCUUAUUGAGUCUUUAGAUUUGCAGGCUUUCUUUGAGUUCAAGCAACAAAGGAGGCGUUUUUACAUUUUUGUUAAGUCUUGGAGCAGUGAAGACAAUUUUGUGAAGCCCCGCAUUUGCAGUCUGAGUUCUUCACUAUACUGUAGAUCUGGCACCUCUGCACUUCCCAUGGAUUCAAGAGAGGCAUUCGAUUUCCUGAGGAAAAGGAAAGCAAAAAUCUUGGGGAAAAAAUCUUCUAGUGAAGUUCUCAGUGUUAUAAAUCAAAACCUCAAUAAUUCGGAUCCUGCUGACUUAGUUUUCCAGAAAGGCCAUCUUGAACAUGGUGAAAUCUUGCCUUUUCCUAAGUCUCAAUCCGUAGAGUUUAAACAGUGCACUGAAGAAAACAUCCAAGACUAUGUAGCAACCAUAAUUCCACAGUACGUCUCAGCAUUUGCAAACUUUGGAGGAGGCUACCUUUUUAUUGGAGUGGAUGAUAUGAGUAGGAAAGUCCUGGGAUGUGCAAAAGAAAACAUUGAUCGUAGCUCUUUGGAAAGUAUAGUAGCAAAAGCAAUUGCCACAUUGCCCGUUGUCCACUUUUGCUCUUCAGAACCAGGGGUGCAGUACAGCACCAAAAUCAUAGAUGUGUUUAAGGGAGGAGAGUUGUAUGGUUAUCUCUAUGUGAUUAAAGUGGAGCCAUUCUGCUGUGCAGUGUUCUCAAAAGAUCCCAAAUCAUGGAUGGUGAAUGACAAGGACAUCCGCAGCCUGAAAGCCAAGGAGUGGGUAGGCAUGAUGACAGAUCCCAAUCCAGAGUUACUUUCAGAGUUGGCUGAGGCUUUUGAAUCUCAGCUGAGCCUAUCCCACAGGCCUCCGCUUUGCCGACCGGUGUAUUCUAAGAAAGGUCUGGAACAUAAAGCAGAUCUUCAACGACAUUUGUUUCCAGUGGCAUCAGAUCAUUUGAGAUACACUCCCGAAUCCCUCUGGAAGGAGCUGUUCUCAGAGCAUGAAGGGCUGGAGGAGUUAAUAAACAGGCAAAUGCGUCCUUUCUCCCAGGGAAUUUUGAUCUUCUCCAGAAGCUGGGCUGUGGACCUGAACUUGCAAGAGAAGGAAGGAGUCAUCUGUGAUGCUCUGCUCAUAGCACAGAACAGCCCCCCCAUUCUCUACACCAUUCUCAGGAAGCUGGAGGCAGGGGGGCAGGACUACUGCACCCGCAAGGCCUUUACUUUGAAGCAGAAGCUGGUGAACAUGGGGGGCUACACCGGGAAGGUGUGUGUCGUGGCCAAGGUCCUCUGCCUGAGUCCUGAGAGCAGCGCAGAGUGCGUGGAGGGUGCAGUCUCUCCGAUACAUUACCCCAGGUCCUAUAGCCUGGCAGACACCCAGCAGAUGGAAGCCUUGCUGCAGGCCCUCGUGAUUGUUCUGCUCGGCUUCAGGUCUUUCCUGAGUGACCAGCUCCACUGUGAGGUUCUAAAUCUGCUCACAGUGGAACAGUAUGAGCUAUUCUCUAAAAACCUCUGCGAGAACAGAGAGUUGUUCGUCCAUGGCUUGCCUGGCUCAGGGAAGACAAUCAUGGCCAUGAACAUCAUGGAGAAGGUCAGGAAUGUGUUUCACUGUGGGACAGAUAGAAUUCUCUACAUCUGUGAAAAUCAGCCACUGAGGAACUUUGUCAGUAAGAAAGACAUCUGCCAGGUGACGACCCGGAAAGCUUUCAUGAAAAAUAGCUUUGACUUUAAAAAUAUUCAACACAUCAUCAUUGAUGAAGCUCAGAAUUUCCGCACCGAAGAUGGAGACUGGUACGGGAAGGCAAAAACCAUGACUCAGAGAGCUAACCCUUGCCCAGGAAUUCUCUGGAUCUUUCUGGACUACUUCCAGACCAGCCACUUGAGUUGCAGUGGCCUUCCCCCUCUCUCGGGCCAGUAUCCAAGAGCAAAGCUCACCAGAGUGGUCCGCAAUGCAGAACCAAUAGCCAACUACUUACAACGAGAAAUGCAAGUAAUUAGACAUAAUCCCCCACAUAACAUCCCCCCUCGGUUCCUGGGGAUGAUUUCUGAGGUUGAAUGGGCUCAGGGUGUUCAGGGAUCCUUAAAAAUUGAGACGAACUUGCCCAUUCAGGCAAUGUUUACCUACGUGGCAGACACCUGCAAGUGCCACUUUAGAAAAGGCUAUUCUGAGAAGGAUGUUGCUGUGCUUGUGAGCACCACAGCAGAAGUGGAGCGAUACAAGCAUGAUCUCCUGAGAGCACUGAGGAAGAAAAGGAUCAUGCAGCUGAGUGAUGCAUGUGACAUGUUGGGUGACCACAUUGUGUUGGACAGUGUCCGGCGAUUCUCAGGGCUGGAAAGGAACAUAGUAUUUGGGAUCCAUCCAAGAACACCAGAGUCAGCUAUCUUACACAAUAUUCUGGUCUGUCUGGCUUCCAGAGCAAUACAACACCUAUAUAUCCUGUGGAAUGGUGACUGUUAGGAAGAACUCCAAACCCAGAUCAGAUGAGGCAAUUCCUAUGUAAUCUUCUGUGGGUGAAAGUCUGUUUGCUAGUGGCAGA